GUCGACUGUAUGCUUCACCAACGCCAAGGCGGACUUCAUGUUGCAGGGUUCCGCGAGAUGGAAAAAAAGGGGGGUGGGUCAAUGGGUGUGGCUAGCCUGGUUCUAUUCAAUUUAUUACUCUCCAAUGACAUGAGCAGCGUGGGGCGGUAAAAUAGAUCAGGCUAAACCAUUCUGAGUAAGAGCUAAAAGCCGAUCCCUUUGUACGAGACUCCAAUCAUUUUAAAGAGAACAAUCCAUCCCUAUCCAGUUCUGGACUUCUUUGUAGCAAUAUCUUUCCAUAUUACCUUUCUCCUCCCUACCAAAAUGGUUGGACGUCCUGUUGAAUCCAACCUAUCCGCUAGAAAACCUCAGUAUUCAUUGAUUGCUGUGGGCACAACAAGUGCAGUUUUUGCAAUCGAUAGCUACUCUGUGCUAAAACGCCGCCCUGGGCCUACAGACGAUUUUGCUUGUCAAGCAUACAACAUCGAAGUCCGCGCUUACGAACGGUUGGGCGAUCAUCCUCGAAUCGCGAGAAUUCGGGAGGUUACAGAGGAUGGAAUAGUUAUCGAACGAGGCGAAUGUCUGCGCCAGAAGAUUCAGAGUAAGGAGUCGCAGGUGACAAUGCAGACAAAGCUCCGCUGGGCCCAAGAGGCUGCAGAGGGUUUGCACUACAUACACACCAAGAAUAUUAUCCAUGCGGAUGUUGGCUGUCACAAUUUACUUUUAGACCAGUCGGGCCAUAUAAAAUUUAUUGAUUUUGGUGGCUCUGGUAUCGACGAUGAAGUUGCAACAGUCUGCUACGAAUGGUGUAGCUAUCGGCCAGGGUCUGAUCCCGAUAUAAAAACCGAUAUCUUUGCUUUCGGCUCUACACUGUUUGAAAUAGAGACAGGUGAGAAGCCUUACCAAGAAUUGGAAAAAACUCUUGGACCUGGAAAAUUGAUAAAAAGAGUGGAGCAUCUUUUUACCAUGGGGGAAUACCCGAGAGUGGAUAUGCUUGUACUUGGUGGCGUUAUUUUACAUUGUUGGAAUGGGGAUUACUGCUCAAUGGAUGAGGUUUCUCGAGAUAUAAACGCGUGCUGCCAGGGUAUGCAUGACACAGGUGAUAUUGUUGCUCGUCGCUCUGGAAGAUGUGUUAUGUUCUAAUAAUGUGUGGCACCUAGUUAAACUUAGUUCUCCUUAGU